AUGUCGCUCGACAUUACGCCCGCUCGGCCCGGCGCCGACCCGGCUCGCCCGCACUGCGACCUGCGCCUGCCGCCGCUCUCGCAGGCCUCGCGCGCCGUCGGCGCUCCGUCGUGGACGGCCGAGGCGGCGCUGCUCAUCGCCAGCCUGCACCGCGCCGCCGAGGUCGCCUUCUUCACCUGGCGCGCACAGCAGCCCGACGGCGGCGUGGCGCCGCCGCCCGCGCCGUCAGCGCAGCCCGAGCCCGACGCUGCCUCGCGCACCGCCGUCUCCUCGCUGCAGGCAGCACAGGCACUCGAUGCUGCUGCCGUGCGCCGCCGCGCCAUCUCUGCUGCUCUGCAGCACGACCUCGCCACGGCGAUGCCACUCCGUGACGCUGCCACGAGCCGCUCGACCGGCGUGGGCAUCAUCCACCUUUCUGAUGACGAUGCCGAGACGCGCAGCACCUUCCAGCUGCCGCCUGGCCUGGCGUCGGACUGGCUGAGCCACCUGAUCGCCGAGGCCGACGACGACGAGAGCGACGAAGGCGACGAUGCAGACGAGAGCGUGGUGCGCGCUGCGAUGGGCGGAGCUUCAGAGAGCACGCGAGAGCGCAACACCACCCGCGGCUCUAGCACACGGCACGACGUCGUCGAUGCAGCGUUCCGCGCACUCAGCGGCCUCUCGACUGGCGAGAGCGAGCACGACGUGUGGCAGCGCAUGAUCCGCGACCUGGCGCUGCCCUCGUCGUACCCGCCCGCGCCGCUCGCCCGCAUGGCCAGUGCUCGAGCUCGAGAGCUUACAAUCCCGCGCCAACUGCCGCACCCCGUGUGGGCUCGCCGAUACCCUGGAGCUGCCGGCGACUGGCUCCGCGCAGAGCUCUCACGCCGGGCCGCAGGCCACCGCGAGCGCACGCAGACUGGCCCGCGCCGCGUGAAUCAGCACAGCGAGAGCCGCGCGCACCGGGCGCCCGACAACGAGGUGCGCUCAGCUGUGGAGUUCUUGCAGGAGACGACGCUGCCGCUCGAUGAGCGUGGUGCAGUCACCAUUCGCACCACGACAGUCGGCAACGUCUUGCGAGCGCGAGCUCAAGCAUCGGCACCAGCCACGCGCGUGACGCGCGGACCCAACUACACCUCUUCAUCUCGACCUGCUCGUCGCAGCAUCGAGAGCAUGACCGCCUCGCUGGGCCUGGACCGGUUCGAGCAACGUCGCGGUGCGGACCAGGUCACUUCGUCGCCGCCGACGUCCGACCGGACGGAGGAGAUCGCGAGGUUGGAGCGCUCCGCUGCGGCCGCUGCCCGUGUAGCAGAUCUGGUGCAGCAGCAGCGCGUGCGCAGAGGCCAGGCGCUGUCUGAGGCUCGUGCCGGCGUCGCAAGCGCGCGCUCGGAAGCACCGGCGCGCAGCCGAGCUGUGCGCGGCGGUCUCGACUUCCUCGCGCGUCUGCGCGAGCUCGACGGCUCGUCGUCGUCGGCGUCAGCACCCGCCGAGGACCGAGCGCAGUCUGCCGUGUAUGCCAAUGCGCGGCCUGUGUUCCCAUGGUACUCGGGGUCUGCGCACGAGGAGCCGCCAGUCGCCUCUUCCUCGAGCUGGUUCGAGGCCGCACGCGAGCGCCAAGAUGCUCAGGCCGGCGAGGAGCGCCGCGCCGCUGAGGCACGCGAAGCUGCUCGCCAGCGCUACGGCUUCAUGCCUCCCGACGACGUCGACGAGCCGGCACCGUUCCCGCGACUGCGGACAGAAGAGUCGCAGUCGAACCACGCGCAGCGCCAGCGCAACCGCAUCGCGACCGUGGUCGCCGAGCGGGACAGCGAGGUGCCUUCGAUGCGUCUGGCGGCUGAGGGCUGGACGCUCAUCGAUCCCGCGGCAAACACAGUUCCCUCCGCCGCCGACGAAGCCGCCAGCUCGCGAGACGACGGCCGCUGGCUCUUCGACGGGCCUGCGCAGCCGUCACGCCGCUUCAGCGCCAGCCCGAUGGCGCUCGAGCCAACUCUCUCGCCGCCUCCCAUCAUCUCAGCUGCUCAGUGGGCGGCUGAGCACAACGGCGCGCGCACGGCCUCGUUGGACGACCCGCGCGCUCUGCGCCGGCCGAGACGCCUCGCCAGCCUCACGACGGAGGACGUCACUGCAGCGGCGCGCUCGAGCGCAUCGUCGCCGAUCACAGCCAGUCCGACUGCAGGCUCUCCCUUCGGACUGGACCGCGCGGGCCCGGGCGUCUUCCCAGCCCUGCGACGUGCCGAGUACCACGGCGCGGGCACUCCUCGACAAGCUGUGAGCUCUCCUCCGCCAUCGGCCGACGCUUUUCUGCGCCUCAACGCCGCUGAUGCCUGGGCAAACAGUGAGGCGGAGCGCGACUUUCAGAGCCGCCUGGACGGCUCGGACGUCAGACAGCCCGCCGCAGCUGGUGCAGCCACGCCUUCUUCGCUGCGUAUCGAGCGCGCUUCGCAAGCCGUCUCAUCGGCGAGUGACGAAGAUCGCGACAUGCAGCAGCUGCGCGAUCUCAGCUCGCGCUUCAAUCGCGAGAUGGCGGAAAGGCGCGAGGAACUGCGCGAAGCAGAGACACGUCUGCGGAUCGCAGUCGCUCAGCGACGUCAAGAGCUGGACCAGCUGCGCUUCAGGCAAGGACGCAUCGGUCGCGUCGUCGAGUCUCCAGCCGUCGCCUCGCAGCAGGCACUCCAACACGGCUCGACCGAGGAGGGUGCGUUCGCGCCAGGAUCAAGUCCUGAGCAGCGUGUGGCAAGCGGCACCACGCCAGCUGCCUCGACCCUCGUCCAACGCCGAGCGAGUCGCGACGCCAACCCUGUGCUGCGUCCGUAUCAUCGUCACGAGCGUCGCGAGGCCGCUGCUCAUGCCGCAAGCGAGUCCUCCCUGACGGCUCCUGACGCCGAGGCGGAGCACCUCAUCCCGUCCGUCCGGCACGCGAGCAUGACUGCGCAGUCGUCGCCGACGCUCGCGGUAGAGACAGCGCCCGAGGCGGACGACAAGGAGACGUCUGCUGUCGACGAGCAGCGAGACGUGGAGGGCUUCGGCAGUUCGAGCGCACCCUCGCGCGCCGCUCCGUCGCUCGUCGUGGAGCAGUCUUGA